CGACGGAGAAUGGAAUGGGUACGGUGAUGAAGGAAUUGCGAGAUCUUCGAGCUAGUAGGAAGGCGGACAAGGAAAUUUUGAUCAAUUUAAGAGCUGAGAUUGGAUCGUUACGAAAAGAGAAAGAGCAAUCUGUGGAAGAAACCAGGCUAUGGAUGAACGAGGUUUUACGGCCAGGCAACAAACGGGGCAACAUUGUCAUCUCGACACCGGAAGGUGAUGACAGGCAGCGCUCAACGCUACGAGUAAUGGAGUCGCCUUCCAUGAUACGGGAGGAGCUAAGGAAGAUGAAGGAUAUGGAAUAUUGCACUCUGCGUGAGGUCGAAGCUCUGAAGAAGAGAAGGGCAGAUGCGGAGGAAAGGCGGCUAGAGGCGGAAGCAAAGAAAAAGGAAGCCGAGGAUGAGGUUGCCUAGUUACGGGAGCAGGUUGAGAAGUUAUCAACCGGGCCAGCAAGCAUGGCGACGAGAGGUACCAACUUGAAGGAUCGGCUGGAGCUGGCAGCUGGCAGUGUCCCGAGGACGGCAAGGAAAGGCAGGCCGAAAGCUACGCCUGUACGGCAGGCCAAUAAAGAUAUACUCGACGA